AUGCCCAAACCAAGCACUCAACCCUCAGGUAUCACUUUGCAAAUUGGUCAAACCUCACCAAAGGAAUCUUCAGCAAUGCAAGAUUCUGAUAAAAAAUUACUAGACAAAUGUGUGAAAAUGAUUCUAGGUAUGACAACGAAUCCACCACCUGCAAAUGAUAACAACCAAUCACUAAGUCAUGCUAUCAAUGAAGUGCUCACUGAAACCUUAGAACAAACUCUUGCACUAGCAGAAAUUGAGACUCAGUGCACUACAGGAGACAUAGAAUCAUCAUCUUGUCAGUCUACACAACAAGAGGUUGCAAACGUUGCCCAAAAUGAUCUAACUGGACAAAAAGAAGAGGAAUCCCAAGACCAUCCUUCCAACAAUUCAGUUGCAGAAGUAAGUUCUGAGCGCACCGAAGAUGAUGAUAUAUCUAAAGUGGGCAAGAAAGAUUCAAACUCUCAUACUUCUCAUUUAACCCCUAGACACAACUUCAGAGAUAUAGAGAUAGUUCACAUAGCCGAGGAACCUUCAUCUCCUAAAACAAUUGAUUGUAAGCACAUCUCUAAGCUUGCUGAGCCUUUACCAGAUGGAGAAUGUUUUGAUUAUGCUGGUAGCAUAAAUCCUUCUAUGAAGAUGAGAAAACAGCGUUAUCAGAAGAAAGAUGAGAUCACUGAAGGGAUAUCUGAGAUCGUUAAGAAGAAGCAAUAUCCAAUGAAGAAGUUGAACAACCUGUACAAUACUCUUGUGGCUAGUAGCAAGUUCCGAGGUUUACGUAGGACACGACGACACGAGGACAAUGACACCGGUGGUACCAAGAUAAGGAUAGGUCCAGCUUCUGCAACAGAAAGAGAGUUAAUACAAUGCCUAAUGCCAAAAGGAAAGAUGUGCAAAAAUAUGAUGUGGUUACUGUCCGUGGCACUUAUGUAUGAUUGGGGAUCAAAGACCAAGGUUAUAUUGGACCAGACAAUUAUAACCGAAUUGCUAAAAAAACCAAAGAAAUGCAACCAUCUAUAUCUAUGCAAGAAGCUUAGUAAGUUGGCACUUCAAAAUGUUGAGCAGAUAUUUCUCCCUACACUAUAUGACUACCAUUGGAUUCUGGCGGUCAUUAACCUCAUGGAAAACACAAUUGAAAUUUAUGACUCUAACUUAGAAGUGAAAGAAGGUGAAGACCCGCACAAGGUUAUCUUGGAGAACAUGGCCAACAAUCGCCAAAAAGCAUUGAAUGAUUAUCUCCAAAAGAGUGCUUUCGCAUUUAUGGAUUUCCCAAGGAAGUGUUCUUAUGCUGGAAAACAAACAAACAAUGAUGACUGUGGUUUCUGGGUUAUAAAAGUACUUCUGUGUCACAAUGGCAAGGAGCUCAUUGGAAAUUACAAGUGGGCAAUGGAUGUCUUCAGGAAGGAAAUUUGCUAUAUCCUAGUUUACCACCGCUUCAAUGAUCUCAACCCAAGGAGGCCUGAGAUUAAGAAGAUAUCAUCCUCCAUGAAGACAACAACAGACUGAUUCCUCAACCGCGUCGUUACCUAUCUAGCAUCCUCUUUGUACUACUAGUUAUUUCAUAUGAUGUACUAGUUUCAUCUGAAAUGAACAACGUUCAUUCCGUGCAAGCGCUAUGAUGUAGGGUACUUAUAAACUAUUAUGGUUAUUCGCUGCUUUAAAAACAAUGUAGUUAUUGCCAGUAUGUAAGGAAAUGACAGUAGAACUUCUUGCUGUCUUGCAA